CUAUUGUCCAUCCUCUUGUUUCGAACUCUUUUCUUGCCACGCGACCCUAUUCUACCAGUGACUGACAGUCGAAUUCGACCUUGCUCUUAACUUAUUCAGCGGCUUGUUUCAAGGAUACGACGUGCGACGACAUUCUUGCUCCCAGAAUUCCCUCAAGCAUAGAAAGAUUCGACACAUCCGUGUUUCGUCUCGCGAUCAUCUCUUUCAGUUCGGUUUUUUCCUUGGUACUCUCCAACUUCGACAUUAGGAAGAAGUCCAAAUUCGCGAACAUUGUUUUUCGGAAUCGCCGCUAGACCUUAUUGGUGUGGCACAUUACCCUUAUAAGCGACCAUCUCUGUGAACCCGUCGGACAGCCCGUUUGAGACAGCGAAAUGAUGUCGUACAUGCCCUCUCGUACAGCUUUUAACCACAGGUCGUCACCGUCGGGCAGUGGGUUGUCCCAUUACCAGGGACAAUCUUCUGGCAAUGUCAACUAUGCGGCUUCGGGUUCUGGCGCAAGCGGAGCCUCGUUCAACAAUUAUGGCCAAUAUGGUGCCAAUGGUGCAUACGGGACUACGCCCGUAAACUGGGCGCCGCCGCCACCGCCUGUGACUCAAGCGUUUCCUGAAGCAAUCAAUCGAAGUGGCCUACUCCAGAUAUAUUCGUUCGAUCCUGACCAUGGUGGUCCAAACACCAGAGUCACUGUACGCGCCAUGAUUCAUGCAACCGAGCCCGCAGAUCCCGACCGUUCCGUACGAAUACUGUUCGACGGUAGUCCUUCUAUGGCCGAGCGUAUCACCCGCGUGGAAGAAGGAUCUAUGCUGUUUGAACUAUGGGUCCGCGUCCCUGAUAUGGGAGCCCAGGCUACAAUGCUGCGUCUGAAAGCACAACUUUGCAGCGGUGCAGGCACUGUUCAAGAUGCGGUCGACUUCGGUGAAUUUGAAUAUAGCCGCGAAGGUGGUGCCGCCACUCACCCUGUGACCGGAGAGAGACGGUUACGCGAAGACGAGACCUUCAGCGAUCGCAAUGUUCGUCGCAACGUCCGUGUGCCAUCAGUGCCACGUUUCCAUGCUGGCGGUACACCAGGCCAUCCGUCGAGCGAUAUGACCAUGCAGACGCCAUAUCGUGGUUUGCCUGCAGGCAUGAGCCCCGCCACCGCCAUGGGCGCUUUCCAGUCUCCGUCUCUUCAGGGUAGUCCCAUGCAAACCACCCCUCUGAUGCAAGGUGGCAUGUGGACCGGAGGCGCUGGACCGUCUCACCACCCCGGCAUGAUGACGCCUGGCACUCUCUCUCAGCAAGUAUCGCUCAUGCGGACGACUCAGAUUCACAGUGGCGGCGGUCUCACGCAAAGCCAGGCACUAGGCAAAGUAACCCUGGAGCUGCAGGGCAAGCUGUCGAAUAUGGCGCUCGGUUGGACCACAAACGAGGUGACUGCUAGUCGCCGACUGGUUCAGUUCUCCCGAUCGCUUGAGGACGGCAUUCUGAAGGUUCAGUUCCGACCCAUCACGCCUGAAGAGUAUGUGCAGGGAACUGUCGUCGUCUCCUGUAUAUAUCGUCGCGACGGUGCCCCAGACGAGCGCGAUAAGUGCUAUAUUACAUCCGUCGAUGCCAUUCAGUUGCUCGAAGCUAUCAUCGCAACUCCUUUUAGCGUUGAGGAGAAGAAUCGUAUCCGCCGCAACCUUGAGGGCUUCAAGCCCAUCACCGUUUCCAAGCACAAGCCCGAUCAGGAAAACUUUUUCAAGCUUAUCAUGGAGUUCCAGGCACCAAAACCUCGCAAUAUUGAGAAAGACGUCAAGGUCUUCAAGUGGGAGCAUCUAGAACAGGCACUACACAAGAUCAUCGACAAAUACUCUGUGACCGGCGGCCUUGCCUUUCGAGAGCACUCCGAGUCUCCCCGUGCAGACAUUCACGCCUCCCCAACUCCAGCAGGGCCAAGUCGGAUCGUCGCCAGUGCCUCCAGGAAUCUGAAGGCAGAGCCGGUUGAUCCUAACAUGAACGACUUUCAAUACGGCGAGAACUGCGAGCUGGGUAGCCAGGAAGCGUCGCAGCCGAAUAUUGCCAUACAGCCCGCAAGCUACGACCAAUAUUCCAUGCCUCAGUCCAACGAUAACAUGCAGUAUUCCCUCCCUGCAAUGCCCACUUACGAUCCUUCCUCGAAUAACUCAACUGAUAUCACGACCGACGUCGGUUGGAAUCCGAUGGACUACCUCACUGAUCCUCCUGCCACAACCGGUGCUCAAUCCGGCGGCGGUGGUAAUGGACCAACCGGCGCUGAAUCGCAGUCUUUGUACGCGCAGGCCACUUCUCACUCCACCCCUCAGAAGGAUCAGUCUCGUGCGGCUCCCUCCUCUUGAUCACGACCUACACCUGUACAUAUCGUCUGCUGCGACAUCUGCUCUCAUUCGUCACCGACGUUCUGACUCUCCUCAUGUAGUUGUAAGCGGCUUCUGGAGUGUAACCCAAGGACGAUGCCUUACUGUCUUUCUUCUCUUGUUGUCACCAUCAUCACGCGUCUCUCCCUGUAGCAACCUCCCCAUUUCCGAC